GUUAAUGUUGGAAAUACUGAACCGUAAGAUUGCAUAGAGAAGUAUGAGUUCUGGGUUUAGUCUUUAAUUGGUGUUUGCAGUUCGUGUCUAUAAAUAUAACUAAGCUUCAGCAAUUCAGAAAUGGAAUAGAUGACGGAGAGAAUUGCUAUUGGGGGAGGAUAUGUCUGGUGGAGGAAAGGGUGUUUCAUCAGCUCUGGCACUGUCAAAUGCAUUCCCAAACCUUGCUGCUGCUGUUUUUGGUGAACAAAAGCGCCUAGAGUCGAUGCUGCCCGAGAGGAGAGCCAGAUGGAGAAAGGAAAUUGAUUGGCUUCUAUUAGUGACAAAUUAUGUUGUUGAGAUGGUCCUACUAAACAAAAAUCAAAAGAUGGAUCCAGCAUGGAGAUUAUGACAACGCGACAACGAACAGAUCUCCAUAUGAAUAUCCCUGCCUUAAGAAACCUUGACAACAUGCUUAUUG